AAGGGCUCUUUGAAUUGCGACACAGUGGAAGGGAAAAUGUACAUACCGUAUGCCGGUACGAACCAGAGCGCCAAAAUGGAGUUCCAGAUGGACAAUAAUUCAAACCAAACGCUGAUGUUCUGGGUUUUGGAGACAGACUAUACUAAUUAUGCUGUGGCCUAUGGGUGUCUCUCUGAACUAAACGAGACUACAGGUUUUUGCCCGGAUAAUAAAGUAAAUGGCUGGGCUUUUGCACGUUAUAUUUGGGAGCCCCUUAGUGAUUACGUAGACUGGCGAAUAGAUCACAGACUCGACUACUUCUGCAGCAACGUUUCCCACUACGAAAUGAUCGUCCAUAAUAAAGAACGAUGCCGUUUCCCGGAGUCCAAGUUCUGGCUGCCACAACCAGCCUUUAAUAUCAGUAAGUUUAUGGGAAUGUGGUACGAGCAAGAGUUCAUUCCCUUGGACGCCUAUCAAGUCCCUCGUGUUGAGUCAGACCAGAAUGUUCGAUUUUCCUUACGGUGGCAAGAGAAUGGAUCUAUUCAUUUGGCAAGAUCUGCAAGAAAGGCGAUGAACAAUUCGCGUUGUUUCAACGAAUCGCGAUACCUGAUAAUGACCAACACCCCGGGCAAGUUCUUCUACAAAAAGGAAGCCGAUGCUGAAGAGUAUGAUUUCAUUGUGGCGUUUACGGACUACACGUCCUUAACCUUCGCCGUGGGUUGUGUAGACAAGCCUGUAAACAAGAACAGUCCGUGCCAGAAGUACCUGAGCUGGGUGGGAACCCGCUCCGUCAACGCUUCCGGUCAUAAUGGACUUUGGCUUCAACGCUUGAUGGCACUCCAUGACAUUGACGAUAGGCUCUUCUACCCGACCAUACAAAACCACACUUGUAACUACGUACCGCCAACGCCUCCAGCUCCAAAUACACCCGCAACACCCACAUGCACUGAUAAAUCCACUAAUGGGGGCGCGCCACUCUACAUGCACGAGACCUUAGUCCUUAUGACCGCCGCCAUUAUGACAUUGGUCUGGAAGGAGAUGUAACACAAAAUGCAGAGGGAUAUUUCACCUUUUGUGCAUGUGGAAAUCGUGUACAAUUUCUUCCAAGUGAUGUCAUGUUUAAAAGGCAACACCUCUAUAUGUGUUAAGACAAAUCCAUCACAAUGGAACUUCAGUGGCCAAACACCAUGUAUACUGAGGUUUGAGAUUUUGAGCCAAAAAUUGCCUUGUUGAAUCGAUCAUAAGCAUGCUUUUCCACGCACAUACGCAAAACUCAUGUUCAUUUUAUCAAGUCAGAUACUUUGCAUAUAGCUAUGUCAACACCCUUGAUCCAUCAUUUAGGAAUAAGCCCAUCCACCCGAUUCAAUAGCUGAUGAAUAUUAAUGUAAAUACAGUAUCCCAUGAAACUUCCCUAAUGAUGGAUAGCAAAGAUGCGUAGGUAGUCCGCACACACGGCCAUUGACAGGUUAAAUGUUAUAACACAAGCACUUUCCACGCCCUGUAUGAAUGGGGACAAAUGCGACAGAAACCGCAAGAUGCCGAUUUGCUGUCAAAUUGAAACGUGGGGACAAAAUACUCCUGGGAUGGUUCCAUCGAUUGCUCAAGUUGAUCAGCCUUGUGUUUAACCCCUUAACUUUCAGUACAUUUGAUCAACAUGUUAGAUAUUUGCCCGCUCGAGGAUUUACGCAAAUGGAAAAUUUCAGAUUGGAUAACUAUGACGGUCUGGUAUGUUCUGGCAGGAAGGAAGACUUUCGCGUAGCUAUUGGAUCAAAAUAGUACUUGGAGUGACAUAAAAAGCAUGUCUUGAUGAAAUGAAAAUGUUAGAACAGGGUAAAUAUCAGCGCAAGACUGUUAUGGCGUUUGGUUUGACAAAAAUUUCGUUCGGCCAAGGAUGGCCUCAAGCCAAUGCCACAGCGCUCUCCAUUUAAAACCUGUUGCAGUUUCGGUGGCAUUUUGUCACACCGUUUGAGACAAAAAUUACCCAACAAUCACGUUUUGAGUUUGCAGACAAUUUAUUUUCCUUAUCUUUACAUAGAUAAGAAAAAUAUCAAGGGUGCUAACAUCGUUAUAUGUAGACAAAUAUGCCACCUUUAGGCAAAUAUGUCAUCUGUAGGCAAACAUGUUAUCUGUAGGCAAACAUGCCAUCUGUAGGCAAACAUGUAUAUAAGUAAAAUGCUGAGGUAUGCUACCCUAGAGAACAAGGUAUUGGCUGUCAAGAAUGAACGGAAAGUCGUGCAUGACGCCGAUAAAAGUUUUCGGUUGAAUCAACGGCUAGGGUAUAUGUUGAUUGGCUGUAAAGUUCGUAUUUCUGACACCUACUCAAUGAACUUUUCUUUCAGCUGGAUUGAUAAGAUUAGGCCAGAUGUGGCUAAAGUUCUUUCUUAAUCAGACAAUGUAUUUCACCAAAGAAUUUUUACUCCAUAGUUAUGGAAUUUAUCUCCAUAACACUAUCGUAUGACAUGCCAUGGGAAAGUACAGUAUACACUUCGAAAUGUAAUGGAAUGUCCCAUGAAAGUAUAAACCAUGCCAUCGAGUACCAGAGGGAAAAUUUACAUAUAUUUCUGUACAUAUCAUUAGUUAUAUGACGACCUUCCCGGGGUAUACAGGUAAAAAUAUUAAUGGAUGAAGCCAAAUAUCUACCCGUAUACCCCAAUUUUUUGAGACGUAAAAAUGGGGGAAAACAAGAGUUAACUAUGCCAGGCCGACUGCUUACCCGGAUCGGUCUCCCUUUGUGUGUGUUUGUUUCUUUA